UAAAAUACAAGUUAAGCAUCUCCUCUUCCUCCAUUUCACAAUAGACUUGAAACCUAAGAGAGUAUUUCACCGAAAUUAUUUCUGUUGCUGUUGAGAAUGAAGCAAAAAAUAGUUAUGGAGGUAUCAAUGAACUCCAGCAAACACAGAACGAAGGCUAUGAAGAUUGCGGCGGUCGCAGACGGUGUGAAUUCUGUGGAAAUAGAAGGGACAGACAAAGUUGUGGUGACUGGGGAAGUUGAUUCGGUUAAGCUGGCCCAUGCCCUCAGGAAAAAAUUUGGGCAUGUUAUGAUAGUGAGUGUCAAAGAAGAGAAAGAAGAGAAAGAAGAGAAGAAAACGGAAGAGAAAGACGUGCUGUAUUGGCCAAAUAAUUACUUUCAUCACUAUCCUCCACCUAUGAUGUACGGAGACGUUUACUCUCCACACCAACCACCUACUUGUUCCAUCCUUUGAGAUAUAUCUGUAUAAUUUUCCUUGUUAUUUAUGAGAUAUCAAAGAUAUAUGUUCUUGUUUACAAGAGUUUAAAACCUGUGAUUUGCGAAUUCUAUAGUUAAGCUCGAGCUAGUAUGCAUGCAUGCAUGCAGUACUCAGCUUACAGCUUCAGUAUCGUAAUAUUAAUGGAAUUGGAUAUCAUUCACAGAAAAGAGUUUAUUUCAA